CUCUGCCGGGACGUAAAACGGAGUGAAGCUCCGAGAGGAGCAGCAGAGAGGAAGAGGAGCAGCAGAGAGGAAGAGGAGCAGAGAGGAAGAGGAAGAGGAGCAGCACUACCAGAGGAGGAGGAGGAGGCGCAGCCGGCCUGGAUGUAGCAGUUUGCGGGUGUUGUUGCGGGAUGUGCGGCUCCUCCUCUGCGGCUCUAACUUUGUGCGUGUGAUGGUGAGCCCCGGAGGAUCAUGGGAGUGAGCUGCUCCUGCAGGAGGAUGAUGGGAGUCAGCUGCUCCUCCAGGUGCACCUCCUUCCUCCUGGUCCUGCAUGUCGUCUCCGUGUUGCAGACUGUGCUCGUCAGCGCUGGUCAAUGUGACUCCGUCUUCGAAGGCUUCUCAAACUGUCUCAUUCGCUUAGGGGACGACAUGGCCAACUACCCCCAGGACCUGGACGACAGGGAGAACCUGCACAAGAUCUGCACUUACUGGGAUAACUUCCAUUCCUGUGCCACGACGGCGCUGGCGGACUGCCACGAGGGAGCGACGGACCUCUGGGAAAAACUGAAAAAGGAGUCCCGCAACCUGAAUUUCCGUGGGAGUUUGUUUGAACUCUGUGGUGGUGGCAACGGGGCCCCCAGGUCUGCUGACGCCAGGGGCCACAUCUUGGUCCUAAGCGCCCUGCCGACCAUACUGACUUGGCUGGCCUUUUAACAGAACGGAGGAGAAACAUAGAAAGUUAAAAUAAAUUAAAAAGAGAGAACUUCAGCUGGAAAAAAUAAAACUGACAACUUAAAUACAACCUCAAGGACUGAGUUUGAAUUCAUCACAAGAAAAUACGUCCGAUUUGGAUUCUUACUGCUUCGUCACAGUACGGCAGCUCGCUCUGCUCUGUGGGACGUUUGCAGACCAUGAUCCUGGAGUCCUCCAAUCACACGCAGCCCCGCCAGAGGUCAAUAACAUGAAAUAUUCAACGUGCCGCUGCUCGAAAUGAAGACAACGAUGAAAUUUUGAUGGAUACUUGCCCACUUACAAUUGUGGAAUUACACCGUAUUAAAGUCAGCCAUGCAUUAUUGAUGUUGAGUAGGCCUAGACAGCAUUAUGUGACUGCUGGGUGCUGACACACCUUCAGGCUGUAUAUUAGGGUUGCCAUACAGCCUGAAGGUGCUGUUCCAUGUGCAGCGCAAGACCAAGCCCAACUCCACAAAAUCAAUAAGACAAGGCAUGGAGCCCGUUUAAGACCGGUCGCCUCAGAUUCACCACAGACAGAUUUUCUUUUUUACUACGCCAAGAUGACUCAGUUGUGCUGGAAUGAAUGCCUGAUGGUAAUAUAGCCUAAUGUUUGUGCUCGUGUUAGCAGUUAUUGUGUGCAGACGACGGUCACACCAGCUCUGACGACUACAACAAAUGUCAAAGAGUAGAGGACGUAUAAAAACUGUUUGUCUUGGACCAGUUCAACGUUGCUCGAAUGUUGAACUGCAAGAAAAACAGUUCCCCCAAUUUACAGUGUAUUACAUGUUUAGCUGGCCAGCCUGCUAACAUGCUAGCUAACGGUUCUGGUGUGACCGUGGUCUAACUCCCUCCCCUGAUGGAGGGACGUAGUCCAGUAUCAGGCCUGCCUGUGGUAAAAGAAGAGUUUAGAUUUAUGCUAGCCUGCAUGAUAUCAGUUCUAAGUUGUUUAUUCUGUUUCAGGAAAUGAACACAAAGCUUUAAAAAACUAACAGUCACCUGGUUUGAUCGAACCUGAAGAAACAGAAGUCGGGUCUAAGUUAGGACAAGGCCUGCUCAGCUAACCAGAGAUUUAGUUCAAAACUGGUUUUUAUAUUC